GAAUCACUGCCGCCGCUCUAGUGCCGUCGAAUAGUGAAACCAUUCGUUUUACGUUUCAGUAAAGAAAGGUUCAGUAUGAGUAGCGAAGACACGAGCAGUAGCGCUAAUAAUUCCGAAGAAGCUGUGGCUCCCGCCGAAGCCCCGGCGGAGAAUGUGGCUGCGCAACAGGAGAGAUCCGAACGCGAGCAAGUGCUCGAGCAGUACAGAGCAAAAAUCCGCGAGCAUCGUGAGGUGGAAGCCCGGUUGAAGCGGAUGCGAGAAGAUGCGAAAGGUCUGCAAGGGCGUUUCCAAAAGACAGAAGACGAUUUAAGCGCCUUGCAGUCGGUAGGAAUGAUUAUUGGGGACGUCUUGAAGCGUCUUGAUCCUGAACGAUUCAUUGUCAAGGCCAGCUCUGGACCACGCUAUGUUGUUGGUUGUAGGGCUCGUCUGCAGCACAAUCUUCUCAAGCCAGGCACUCGUGUUGCUCUCGAUAUGACGACCUUGACGAUCAUGCGAAUUCUCCCUCGCGAGGUGGACCCAACUGUUUUUCACAUGCAAGCCGGCGAAGAAGAAGGUGGCGUUUCCUUUGGCGACAUUGGUGGACUCAAUGAACAAAUUCGUGAGCUCCGGGAGGUCAUUGAACUUCCCCUGACCAACCCCGAGCUAUUUAUCCGUGUUGGAAUUAAGGCUCCGAAGGGUGUCUUACUCUACGGACCUCCCGGAACGGGCAAGACACUUCUGGCCCGCGCACUGGCGUCGAACAUUAGCGCUACCUUUCUCAAAGUAGUCGCUUCCGCUAUUGUCGACAAAUACAUCGGCGAAUCCGCCCGUAUUAUUCGCGAGAUGUUUGGUUUUGCCAGGGAUCAUGAGCCCUGCGUGAUUUUCAUGGACGAAAUUGACGCCAUUGGUGGUUCCCGUUUCUCAGAGGGUACCUCUGCAGACCGAGAAAUCCAGCGUACGCUGAUGGAACUCUUGAACCAAAUGGACGGCUUUGAAGAGCAAGGUCAGGUCAAAAUGGUCAUGGCCACCAAUCGCCCGGAUAUUCUCGAUCCAGCCUUGCUGCGUCCCGGCCGCCUCGAUCGCAAGAUUGAAAUCCCAGAACCCAACGAAUCGCAGCGGCUGGAGAUUUUAAAAAUUCACGCGUCCGGCAUUACCAAAAGGGGUGACAUUGACUUUGAAUCCGUCGUGAAGCUCGCGGAUGGAUUGAACGGGGCGGAUAUGCGGAAUGUAUGUACCGAAGCGGGAUUGUUCGCCAUCCGGUCGGAUCGAGAUUAUGUACUCGAAGAAGACUUUAUGAAGGCAGCCCGGAAGAUAUUGGACAACAAGAAACUCGAAUCCAAACUCGACUAUAGCAAAGUGUAAAUUGUAAGGCAACUUGCAUAAGUCC